AGAACAUGUGUGCUGAGGUGAUAGCUGUUGUAUCGGCCAAGUCCAUGCCAUCGAUCUAAGUGGGCAUGAACGUCGGAUCUACAUGGCUUGGGCGGCGGAUUUGCAAAUACAUGCUCAAAAUCUGCAGAUGAGGAUUUGGGUUCUUUGCUGGUGCGGUCGGAAGAUCCAACGAACAAGGCGAUGGCGGUCCCUGUUGACUUUGAACCCCGACUCUUGGCGGCUUUGUUCGCCUUAAGCACUAAUUCAUGCACGCGCAGAGCUGCAAGGUUUGAUCUCGGCAAGCUAUGCCGUUUGAUCCUUUUGCCCUUUGUGGCCCACAAGCCUCUGCAGGGCAAGUGGUUGUGGAACAGGACAAUGGGCAGCCUCGGACGGUGAAUCAGCUGGCCUGAACUGGGCAGCCUCGAACGGAUCUCUUGCCCAGGCCAGCUGGACCGUUUUCAUGGUGCAAACGAUCUGUCACGGCCAGGAGUUAUAUUGCGCUCAGAUGCCUCAGCUCAAGUCAGAUCGGGCAGUAACAUGGAACCAAAAGUGUCGUCCAUUUUUGCUGUGCGCCGCAUGCAUGAGUGUUUUAACGCUGCAAAAUGAUGCAACAUGCAGAAAGUCUGCAGAGUGCCGUCGCAACAAGGGUAGCUCGAGUCCUAGCUGGAACUUUGUUGCAUCUUGCAGGUGUGAAUUGAGCCGUCAAUUCUUUGAGGAAUCCCUUAUUGGAUUAGAAUGCGGGGAGACUCUUCAGGCCAGGCUCCUACCCUUGUGAGAUAUUGAGCCAGUCUUGACAGGGCCUAAUUAGCUGCAGCAUUCCAGCACGCCGCUGUACGUUCACGCGAGUGAAGUUGGAGCGGGGCGAGUCGGAUUUGAGCCACUCGGGCAACGCUGAAACCGUGGACAAUGAGGACAGGUACAGCCCACAAUUCUGAGAGUGGUGAGUGAAGACUUCGCG